AAAAAAACUGUUUGGUCCGGUGGGGUUGCUUGGUCCGGUGGGAUUUUUAAGUUUGGGCCCACCGCUUCUUCUUCCUUGGACACCCCGCGUCUUCUUCCCCAUGGCCAACCCCAACGCUCAUCCCGCAGUCCUCGUUGUGGGCUGCUGUGACACUGCCGGCGGCAAUAAAAGAAAGCAACUUCACUGUCGCCGGAGCUCACGUUGACCUCGCCGACGGACGCACACAUUUUCUACGCCGCCGCGCACCUGCGCGCUCUCGUCUACGCCACCGUGACGGCCGUGCUGCCCGUUCCGUCCGUGCGCCGCGCGCCAAUCGUGUUGCUGCCCCGCUUCAGCCGCGCCACCACCGUCGUCCGUCGAGGUUGGUGGCCAUGGCGCCGAUGUUGGCCAGAGUCUCGCUCGCCUACUGGAAAUACGGUGGACACACAGACGCCGUGAAGCUGUUCGACGAAAUGGAGACAAGGGAAAGGAAAGCAAAGGAGGUCGCAUUGCUGGUUUCUCAAUCUAGUGGAGUAAUCUCUCAGAUCCAGGAUGAUGGAUGUGCCAUAGCUACGAGAAUCGCAGGACAAUGCAAUUGGCGAGAAGCUGCAGGUGAAUUGAAUGAUGAAAUGAAAAACGAACUCGCUGAGGCAGACGGCGGACUCGAGCACGGCCAUGGCAUCACCUACAUGUAUGGUGGGGCAGCGCGGGGGGGAUGGCGGGGCCAGGGGCGCCCCCGUGGCCGCACUGGCAGAUAUAGAUCGAUGGAGAAGAAGCCGAUGAAGAAGAAGCCGAUGAAGAAGAAGACUGAUGAGCGUCACGAGGAGAACCACCGUGGGCUGAUCAAUCCCGACCGUACCAAACGGUUUUUUUGGGAUUAAGGGCUUAAUUGAUCGGGAUUAGUUACGUUAGGGUCUAAAAACCUGUGAUUUGAAGGUAGAUGAUCUCAACAAGUCUACUGAGGUUUUUUCUUUUUUUCUUAACCAAGUUUUCAGGUUACUCUUUUUUAUUGUAAGUAACUUGACUUGUUUAGAUUUAGAUGUUGAACGAAGUAUCCGGUGAAACCCUCGUUCGUUGCAAA